GUUACCUGUGCCGUGAGAAAAUCGAUCCCAGUUGGAAACUAUUUGGGCUUUUAUAUAUCUCAAGGCCCCCAUUUUUUGUUUGGUUGGUUUUGUUUUGUUUUUUUACCCUGUAGUCAUUAAAAGAAGGGAUUUUUUCUGGGAGGGCGCAUCUAUCUCCGCAGUUGGACGAGGUACCAGGGAAACUGUCUCUGGUGAACUAAAUAAGAGGGAAUGUUGACCAGGGAGCACCGCUGGGGCCGAACAGAGGAGCAGGAACCGGAGCUCAGGCUGAGUCCGAAAACUGUUGUCUCCAGACUUUGGCUCGGCGACGGUUGGAAGUGGGAGAUGGAGAUGCCAGAGGAACCCGCCGAUAGUGGACAUUUUCUACCCCCGGUUUAUAUUUACAGUCCCGAGUAUGUCAACAUAUGCGACUCCCUCGCCAAGGUCCCCAAACGGGCCAGUAUGGUCCACUCUCUAAUCGAAGCAUAUGCCCUGCAUAAACAAAUGAGGAUAGUAAAGCCCAAAGUGGCCUCCAUGGAGGACAUGGCCACCUUCCACACUGAUGGUUAUUUGCAACAUCUCCAGAAGGUUAGCCAAGAAGGUGAUGAGGACCAUCCGGAUUCCAUAGAGUAUGGAUUAGGUUAUGACUGCCCAGCCACAGAAGGGAUAUUUGACUAUGCAGCAGCUGUAGGAGGAGCUACUAUCACAGCUGCCCAGUGCCUGAUGGACGGGAAGUGUAAAAUAGCAAUUAACUGGUCUGGAGGGUGGCAUCAUGCAAAGAAAGAUGAAGCAUCUGGUUUUUGUUAUCUCAAUGAUGCUGUCCUGGGAAUAUUACGAUUGCAACGGAAAUUUGACCGUAUUCUCUAUGUGGAUUUGGAUCUACACCAUGGAGAUGGUGUACAAGAUGCCUUCAGUUUUACACCCAAAGUUAUGACUGUGUCCCUGCACAAAUUCUCUCCAGGAUUUUUUCCAGGAACAGGUGACAUGUCUGAUGUUGGCCUGGGGAAAGGACGAUACUAUAGUGUCAAUGUGCCCAUUCAGGAUGGCAUACAGGAUGAGAAGUACUAUCACAUCUGUGAAAGUGUACUAAAGGAGGUGUACCAGGCCUUCAAUCCUAAAGCAGUGGUUUUACAGCUGGGAGCAGAUACCAUUGCUGGGGAUCCAAUGUGUUCCUUUAACAUGACACCAGUGGGGAUCGGCAAGUGUCUGAAGUAUGUUCUUCAGUGGCAGUUGGCAACUCUGAUUUUAGGAGGAGGAGGCUAUAACCUUGCCAACACAGCUCGUUGCUGGACAUACUUGACCGGGGUCAUCCUAGGGAAAACACUAUCCUCUGAGAUCCCAGAUCAUGAGUUUUUCACAGCAUAUGGUCCUGAUUAUGUGCUGGAAAUCACGCCAAGCUGCCGGCCAGACCGCAAUGAGCCCCAACGCAUCCAGCAAAUCCUCGACUACAUCAAAGGGAAUCUGAAGCAUGUGGUCUAGUUGACAAAAAGAGAUCAGGUUUCCAGAGCUGGGAAGCAGUGCCUGUAAUGAAGACAGUGUGUUGAUGCAAGCAGUUUGUGGAAUUUGUGACUGCAGGGGAAAUUUGGAAGAAAUUACUUCCUGAAAAUUUCCAAGGGGCACCAAGUGGCAGCUGGCCUCCUAGGGUAAGGAGGCAGGCACCCCAGAGCCAGGCCUAGGGGGAAGAGGAAGAUAUUCAGUGUUUAAAGUGUUUAUUUUAAAACACACACAAAAAUGUUGUUUUUAAUCUUUCAAAAUUGUUUUUAAGCAAGUUGAGGGGGAGAAUUUUAUCUUCACAAAAGGGGACAAGUCAGAAGCUGCAGGAGAUUGUGGUUGGGGGAGGGGCAGUGGACAGGCAGGUUUGGACCUCAGGGCCAUUUAGGUAGAACCUUGUGGGGGAGGGAUAUCAGCAGACUGGGCGUUGAAUAGUCUACCACUUUUGUUUUAGUAUUAUGCACUCAUGUUGUUCUUAAUAAAAAGUUCAAA